AUGGAAUCUGAAUCUUUUGAAGGUCCAGAAUUUAGUCAAGAAUCUGAGGCAACAAAGGCACCUGAAUCUAGAAAGAAAUCAGAACCAAAUGAAGGACUGGAAUCUAGAAAGCUAUCAGAAUCAAACCAAGGACUGGAAUCUAGAAAGCAAUCUGAAUCGAAACAACAGCUGGAAUCUAGAAAGCAAUCAGUAUCGAAACAAGAACUGGAUUCUAGAAAAUACUCAGAACCAAACGAAGUACGGGAAUCUAGAAAGCAAUCAGAAUUAAAACAAGGACUGGAUUCUAGAGAAGAAUCGGAACCAAACGAAGUACUGGAAUCUAGAAAGCAAUCAGAAUCGAAACAAGAGCUGGAAUCUAGAAAGCAAUCAGAAUCGAAACAAGAGCUGGAAUCUAGAAAGCAAUCAGAACCGAAACAAGAGCUGGAAUCUAGAGAAGAAUCGAAACCAAACAAAGUACUGGAAUCUAGAAAGCAAUCUGAAGAAUCGAAACAAGGACUGGAAUCUAAAAAACACUCUGACUCAAAACAAGGACUGGAAUCUAGAAAAGAAUCAGAGCCAAAACAAGGGCUGGAAUCUAGUAAACAAUCUGACUCAAAACAAGGACUGGAAUCUAGAAUAGAAUUAGAGCCAAUACAAGGACAUGAAUCUAGAAAAGAAUCAGGGCCAAAACAAGGGCUGGAAUCUAGAAAAGAAACAGAGCCAAAACAAGGGCUGGAAUCUAGAAAACAAUCUGACUCAAAACAAGGACUGGAAUCUACAAAAGAAUCAGAGCCAAAACAAGGGCUGGAAUCUAGAAAAGAAUCAGAGCCAAAACAAGGACUGGAAUCUACAAAAGAAUCAGAGCCAAAACAAGGACAGGAAUCUAGAAAUGAAUCUCAGCCAAAACAAGGACUGGAAUCUAGAAAAGAGUCAGAGCCAAAACUAGGGCUGGAAUCUACAAAAGAAUCAGAGCCAAAACAAGGACUGGAAUCUAGAAAUGAAUCUCAGCCAAAACAAGGGCUGGAAUCUAGAAAAGAAUCAGAGCCAAAACAAGGGUUGGAAUCUAGAAAAGAAUCAGAGCCAAAACAAGGGCUGGAAUCUAGAAAACAAUCUGACUCAAAACAAGGGCUGGAAUCUAGAAAAGAAUCAGAGCCAAAACAAGGACAGAAAUCUAGAAAAGAAACAGAGCCAAAACAAGGACUGGAUUCUAGAGAAGAAUCGGAACCAAACGAAGUACUGGAAUCUAGAAAGCAAUCAGAAUCGAAACAAGAGCUGGAAUCUAGCAAGCAAUCAGAACCAAAACAAGAGCUGGAAUCUAGAGAAGAAUCGAAACCAAACAAAGUACUGGAAUCUAGAAAGCAAUCUGAAGAAUCGAAACAAGGACUGGAAUCUAGAAAACACUCUGACUCAAAACAAGGACUGGAAUCUAGAAAAGAAUCAGAGCCAAAACAAGGGCUGGAAUCUAGAAAACAAUCUGACUCAAAACAAGGACUGGAAUCUAGAAUAGAAUUAGAGCCAAAACAAGGACAUGAAUCUAGAAAAGAAUCAGGGCCAAAACAAGGGCUGGAAUCUAGAAAACAAUCUGACUCAAAACAAGGACUGGAAUCUAGAAAAGAAACAGAGCCAAAACAAGGACUGGAAUCUAGAAAAGAAUCAGAGCCAAAACAAGGACUGGAAUCUAGAAAAGAUUCAGAGCCAAAACAAGGGCUAGAAUCUAGAAAAGAAUCAGAGCCAAAACAAGGACAUGAAUCUAGAAAAGAAUCAGAGCCAAUACAAGGAUUGGAAUCUAGAAAAGAAUCAGAGCCAAAACAAGGGCUGGAAUCUAGUAAACAAUCUGACUCAAAACAAGGACUGGAAUCUAGAAUAGAAUUAGAGCCAAUACAAGGACAUGAAUCUAGAAAAGAAUCAGGGCCAAAACAAGGGCUGGAAUCUAGAAAAGAAACAGAGCCAAAACAAGGGCUGGAAUCUAGAAAACAAUCUGACUCAAAACAAGGACUGGAAUCUACAAAAGAAUCAGAGCCAAAACAAGGGCUGGAAUCUAGAAAAGAAUCAGAGCCAAAACAAGGACUGGAAUCUACAAAAGAAUCAGAGCCAAAACAAGGACAGGAAUCUAGAAAUGAAUCUCAGCCAAAACAAGGACUGGAAUCUAGAAAAGAGUCAGAGCCAAAACUAGGGCUGGAAUCUACAAAAGAAUCAGAGCCAAAACAAGGACUGGAAUCUAGAAAUGAAUCUCAGCCAAAACAAGGGCUGGAAUCUAGAAAAGAAUCAGAGCCAAAACAAGGGUUGGAAUCUAGAAAAGAAUCAGAGCCAAAACAAGGGCUGGAAUCUAGAAAACAAUCUGACUCAAAACAAGGGCUGGAAUCUAGAAAAGAAUCAGAGCCAAAACAAGGACAGAAAUCUAGAAAAGAAUCAGAGCCAAAACAAGGACUGGAUUCUAGAGAAGAAUCGGAACCAAACGAAGUACUGGAAUCUAGAAAGCAAUCAAAAUCGAAACAAGAGCUGGAAUCUAGCAAGCAAUCAGAACCAAAACAAGAGCUGGAAUCUAGAGAAGAAUCGAAACCAAACAAAGUACUGGAAUCUAGAAAGCAAUCUGAAGAAUCGAAACAAGGACUGGAAUCUAGAAAACACUCUGACUCAAAACAAGGACUGGAAUCUAGAAAAGAAUCAGAGCCAAAACAAGGGCUGGAAUCUAGAAAACAAUCUGACUCAAAACAAGGACUGGAAUCUAGAAUAGAAUUAGAGCCAAAACAAGGACAUGAAUCUAGAAAAGAAUCAGGGCCAAAACAAGGGCUGGAAUCUAGAAAACAAUCUGACUCAAAACAAGGACUGGAAUCUAGAAAAGAAACAGAGCCAAAACAAGGACUGGAAUCUAGAAAAGAAUCAGAGCCAAAACAAGGACUGGAAUCUAGAAAAGAUUCAGAGCCAAAACAAGGGCUAGAAUCUAGAAAAGAAUCAGAGCCAAAACAAGGACAUGAAUCUAGAAAAGAAUCAGAGCCAAUACAAGGAUUGGAAUCUAGAAAAGAAUCAGAGCCAAAACAAGGACUGGAAUCUAGAAAAGAAUCAGAGCCAAAACAAGGACUGGAAUCUAGAAAAGAAUCAGAGCCAAAACAAGGGCUGGAAUCUAGAAAACAAUCUGACUCAAAACAAGGACUGGAAUCUAGAAAAGAAUCAGAGCCAAAACAAGGACUGAAAUCUAGAAAAGAAUCAGAGCCAAAACAAGGACUGGAAUCUAGAAAACAAUCUGACUCAAAACAAGGACUGGAAUCUAGAAAAGAAUCAGAGCCAAAACAAGGGCUGGAAUCUAGAAAAGAAUCAGAGCCAAAACAAGUGCUAGAAUCUAGAAAAGAAUCAGAGCCAAAACAAGGGCUGGAAUCUAGAAAAGAAUCUGACUCAAAACAAGGACUGGAAUCUAGAAAAGAAUCAGAGCCAAAACAGGGACUUGAAUCUAGAAAACAAUCUGACUCAAAACAAGGGCUGGAAUCUAGAAAAGAAUCAGAGCCAAAACAGGGACUGGAAUCUAGAAAAGAAUCUGAGCCAAAACAAGGACAUGAAUCUAGAAAAGAAUCAGAGCCAAAACAAGGACUGGAAUCUAGAAAAGAAUCAGAGCCAAAACAAGGACUGGAAUCUAGAAAAGAAUCAGAGCCAAAACAAGGGCUAGAAUCUAGAAAAGAAUCAGAGCCAAAACAAGGACAUGAAUCUAGAAAAGAAUCAGAGCCAAUACAAGGAUUGGAAUCUAGAAAAGAAUCAGAGCCAAAACAAGGACUGGAAUCUAGAAAAGAAUCAGAGCCAAAACAAGGACUGGAAUCUAGAAAAGAAUCAGAGCCAAAACAAGGACUGGAAUCUAGAAAAGAAUCAGAACCAAAACAUGGACUGGAAUCUAGAAAAGAAUCAGAGCCAAAACAAGGGCUGGAAUAUAGUAAAAAUGCAGAAUUAACACAAGAACUGGAAUCUAAAAAUAAAUUAGAACCAAAACAAGGGUUGCAAUCUAGAAAAGAAUCAGACCCAAAACAAGAGCUGGAAUCUAGAAAAGAAUCAGAGCCAAAACAAGGGCUGGAAUCUAGAAAAGAAUCAGAGCCAAAACAUGGACUGGAAUCUAGAAAUGAAUCUCAGUCAAAACAAGGACUGGAAUCUAGAAAAGAAUCAGAGCCAAAACAAGGACUGGAAUCUAGAAAAGAAUCAGAGCCAAAACAAGGACUGGAAUCUAGAAAUGAAUCUCAGCCAAAACAAGGACUGAAAUCUAGAAAAGAAUCAGAGCCAAAACAAGGGUUGGAAUCUAGAAAAGAAUCAGAGCCAAAACAAGGGCUGGAAUCUAGAAAAGAAUCAGAGCCAAAACAAGGGCUGGAAUCUAGAAAAGAAUCAGAGCCAAAACAAGGACUGGAAUCUAGAAAUGAAUCUCAGCCAAAGCAAGGACUGGAAUCUAGAAAAGAAUCAGAGCCAAAACAAGGGCUGGAAUCUAGAAAAGAAUCAGAGCCAAAACAUGGACUGGAAUCUAGAAAAGAAUCAGAGCCAAAACAAGGGCUGGAAUAUAGUAAAAAUGCAGAAUCAACACAAGGGCUGGAAUCUAGAAAGUUAUCAGAUUUAAAACAAGGACUGGAAUCUAAAAAUAAAUUAGAACCAAAACAAGGGUUGCAAUCUAGAAAGCCAUCUGAUUUAAAACAAGGACUGGAAUCUAGAAAGCCAUCUGAUUCAAAACAAGUACUGGACUAUAGAAAGGUAUCAGAAUCGAAACAAGGACUGGAAUCUAGAAAUGAAUUAGAACCAAAACAAGGUCUGGAAUCUAGAAAGUUAUCAGAAUCAAAACAAGGACUGGAAUCUAGAAAGCCAUCUGAUUUUAAACAAGGGCUGGAAUCUCGAAAGCUAUCUGAUUUUAAACAAGGGCUGGAAUCUAGAAAGCCAUCUGAUUUUAAACAAGGGCUGGAAUCUAGAAAGCUAUCAGAAUCAAAACAAGAACAAUCAUAUAUAAAAGAAUCAGAACCAAAAGAAGAACUGGAUUCUAAAAAGCUAUCAGAAUCAAAACAAGGACUGGAAUCUAGAAAUGAAUUAAAACCAAAACAAGAGUUGGAAUCUAGAAAGUUAUCAGAUUUAAAACAAGGACUAGAAUCUAGAAAGCCAUCUGAUUUAAAACAAGGGCUGGAAUCUAGAAAGUUAUCAGAAUCUAAACAAGGACUGGAAUCUAGAAAUGAAUUAGAACCAAAACAAGGGCUGGAAAAUAGAAAGCCAUCUGAUUCAAAACAAGCGCUGGAAUCUAGAAAGCUAUCAGAAUUGAAACAUGGACUGGAAUCUAUAAAAGAAUCAGAACCAAAACAAGGACUAAAUCCCAGAAAGCCAUCAGAUUCAAAACAAGGAUUGGAAUCUAGAAAGUUAUCAGAAUCAAAACAAGAACUUGAGUCUAGAAAAGAAUCCUACUCCAAACAAGGAUUGGAAUCUAGAAAAAAAUCAGAGCCAAAACAAGGGCUGGAAUCUAGAAAAGAAUCAGAAUCAAAACAUGGACUAGAGUCUAGAAAUUUAUCAGAACCAAAACAAGGUCUAUCAGAAUUGAAACAAGGACUGGAAUCUAGAAAGCUAUCAGAAUCAAAACAAGGACUGGAAUCUAGAAAGCUAUCAGAAUCAAAACAAGGACUGGAAUUUAAAAAGGAAUCAGAACCACAACAAGGACUUAAGUCUAGACAAGAAUCUGAAUCGAAACAAGGACUGGAAUCUAGAAAGCUAUCAGUAUCAAAACAAGGACUGGAAUCUAGAAAGCUAUCUGAUUCAAAACAAGGGCUGGAAUCUAGAAAGCCAUCUGAUUCAAAACAAGGGCUGGAAUCUAGAAAGCUAUUAGAAUCAAAACAAGGACUGGAAUCUAGAAAGCUAUCAGAAUCAAAACAAGGGCUGGAAUCUAUAAAAGAAUCAGAACCAAAAGAAGGACUAGAUUCUAGAAAGUCAUCAACACAACAAGGACUGGAAUCGACAAAGCAAACAGAAUUAAAACAAGGGCUGGAAUCUAGAAAGCUAUCAGUAUCAAAACAAGGACUGGAAUCUAGAAAGCUAUCAGAAUCAAAACAAGGGCUGGAAUCUAGAAAGCCAUCUGAUUCAAAACAAGGACUGGAAUCUAGAAAGCUAUCAGAAUCAAAACAAGGGCUGGAAUCUAUAAAAGAAUCAGAACCAAAAGAAGGACUAGAUUCUAGAAAGUCAUCAACACAAGGACUGGAAUCGACAAAGCAAACAGAAUUAAAACAAGGGCUGGAAUCUAUAAAAGAAUCUGAAAUAAAACAAGGAUCUAAUUCCCACAAACUAUCUGAAUUUCAGAAAAGAUCUCAAUCAUUGAUAACUUCUGAACCUAAAAAUGAUUUUUUAUCCAAAGAUGUAUCUUCUGACUCUGUUAAAGUAACUUCACAAGAUCUAGGAGCCCUAUCAAAAAAAGAAUCUGAGUUGAAGGAUAAAGUUGAUUCAAGAAAAAAUUCUGAAAUCAAACAAAAACUUGAAUCCAGAAAGGAAUCUAAACCUAGUCAUGAGGCUGAAUCUAGAAAGGAAUCUGAGCCUAGUCAAGAAGGUGAAUCUAUUAAAGAAUCUGAACCUAUUCAAGAAGGUGAUUCUAAAAAGGAAUCUGAACCUAGUCAUGAGGCUGAAUUUAGAAAGGAAUCUGAACCUAGUCAAGAAGGUGAAUCUAUUAAAGAAUCUGAACCUAUUCAAGAAGUUGAUGCUAAAAAGGAAUCUGAACCUAGUCAUGAGGCUGAAUUUAGAAGGGAAUCUGAACCUAGUCAAGAAGGUGAAUCAAGAAAGGAAUCUGAACCUAGUCAUGAGGCUGAAUUUAGAAAUGAAUCUGAACCUAGUCAUGAGGCUGAAUUUAGAAAUGAAUCUGAACCUAGUCAUGAGGAUGAAUUUAGAAAGGAAUCUGAACCUAGUCAUGAAGAGAAAUCUAGAAAGGAAUCUGAACCUAGUCAUGAGGCUGAAUUUAGAAAUGAAUCUGAACCUAGUCAUGAGGCUAAAUCUAGAAAGGAAUCUGAACCUAGUCAUGAGGCUGAAUUUAGAAAUGAAUCUGAACCUAGUCAUGAGGCUGAAUCUAGAAAGGAAUCUGAACCUAGUCAUGAGGCUGAAUCUAGAAAGGAAUCUGAACCUAGUCAUGAGGCUGAAUCUAGAAAGGAAUCUGAACCUAGUCAUGAGGCUGAAUUUAGAAAUGAAUCUGAACCUAGUCAUGAGGCUAAAUCUAGAAAGGAAUCUGAACCUAGUCAUGAGGCUGAAUUUAGAAAUGAAUCUGAACCUAUUCAUGGGGAUGAAUUUAGAAAGGAAUCUGAACCUAGUCCUGAAGAGAAAUCUAGAGAGGAAUCUGAACGUAGUCAUGAAGAGAAAUCUAGAAAGGAAUCUGAACCUAGUCAUGAAGAGAAAUCUAGAAAGGAAUCUGAACCCAGUCAUGAGGAUGAAUCUAGAAAAGAAUCGGAACCUAGUCAUGAGGAUGAAUCUAGAAAGAAAUCUGAACCCAAUCAAGAUGUCAAAUCUAGAAAAGAAUCCGAAGCUAGUAACAAAACUGAAAUUACAAAGGAAAUUGAACCAAGUCUUGAAUCUGAACCAAAAGAAUUAUCAAGUAUCAAUUCACAAACUACAACAGCUUCCUUAUCUAUGAAAGUAUCUGGAACUGGUACCAGUCAGUCUAGGAAAGAUUCCAAGCAAGAAUUGGAAUCUCAGAGAUCUUCUCUUGCUCACAAACCAGAAGGCCUCAUAGAAACAUUGUCCAAUGAUGGCUCUAGGAAAGGAUCUGUUACACAAACAUCUUAUGAACCUAGUCAAGAAACAGCUUCAGCUGGACUCAAGAAGAAACCAUCCAGGCAUCAAAGUUUUGAAAGUGAGCAAGCUGUCACCAGCAAUGAUACAUUAGUGAAAAAGGAUGGUCCGUCCAAAACUGAGAACUCAAAACCAAGGUCUCGAAAGAAAAAUUCAGAAUCUGUUACAUUUUCAGACAGUCACAAUCUCAAUCCAUCUUCUGCCCAUCGCUCAGGAUCAAGACCUUCUUCACAAUCAUUGAAUGAUGAAUCUCACCAGGGUCUAGACAAACAAUUGUCUGAAGUCACCUCUGAUUGCCAGUUUCCUUUAUUCAUUUCUUCCACUCUUGGAAGAUCAGAGUGGCUGUUGUGCGCAGGGAUCAAGCCUACUCAAGGGGACUAA